GAAAAAUUCAAGAAACAAUCUUUUUUGGAAAAUCCUAAUCGUUCGAAUUACCAAAGAAAAACGUAAAAAUGUCAGAGAUUCGUAGAUCGGUUGUACGAGUUCGUCAACUCUCAUUGCAACCACCUACACCGCGAAGAUGGCAAUUGAGACGACAAAAAACGUCAGAUGACGAACAAUCUUCAAAGAUUCACAAUGAUCCUAUUGGAUCUGAUAGAAGUCGUGCUAAUUCGAGAUCAGGAUCUUCGAGACCGAAGGUACGUAUAGCUUGGGGCGAACGACACCGUGAAAAUAAUAAUAUCGAGCAGGUAGAAGUAGUUGCAAGACAAAUUACUGGUAAGUCAAAAUCAACCAUGAAAAAAUCUCGAAACAGGAAUAUAAUUGAAAAUGAAGAAAAAGCAUCGAUACUUUAUUCGAGACAAGAGUUAACUGAAAGAUUAAGACUUGCAUGGAAACAUCGGGAAGAAAAUAAAACCAAUAUCGAUAUAUAUUUGGCACAUGGUGUACACGAAGAACAAUGCAAUUCUGAAUCAUCGAAUUGUCCUAUAAUAUCGGAACCACAAACACCAUCAUCAAUUUCUAAAAAUGAAAUACUACGAUCAUCGGAAAAUGAUAGAUGUCCUAUUAUUACCGAUAAUAAAAAUUUGGAUAAUUCUUAUUACGAUAAUACGUGUGAAAUUCAAACGAUCAAACGUACGGAUUCUUUUGAAAGUAGAACGGACUUGGACAAGGACAUUGAACAAACAAAAAGAUCUAAAAAGACUAAGGUUAUCGAGAACAAUUUAAAAGUUGUUGAAACUUCUUCGGUUAAACUUGAAAAUGAUGUUUGUUAUACCGAACCAAUCGAGAUGAUAAAAUAUAUAGAAAGUAACACUAACGAGACAUUAAAAGGAACGAUCGAGGUUUUGGUCGAUCAACCUAAACAAAAUGAAAAAAGUGUAUCUAUCGAAACAGACGAUAAUAUCAAAUUACCAACAUUAAAGUCAGAAACUACAACAUUAAAUAUCUCAAAAUCUCAAAACGAAGCAACUUCGGCUAAACAAAAACGAACUAAUUUUCGAAACGGUACUAAUCGAGCAUUUUUAUACACGGAAACUGAUAAAACUGUUGUAUCCAAAAUGUCGACCGAUAAUACCGAUAUUCAAAGAAAUACUUCGUGUAAAAGAACAACGGAAAAUAAACAAAUUGAAACAAAAAAUACGAUUAAAAAUCUAAACGAUCAAAAAUUUAAUAGAAAAUCAAGAAGUAGUUCGGCACCGUUACAAGGAAGAAAUUCAUCUCGUAUUCAGGUAAAUAUCGUCAUAGAUACGAACUGUGAUUCUAAUAAUGCAAUUGCAAAAAAUCCUAAUGAAAUUAACGACAAGGGAAAAGUUAACGAGGAAGGUUGUAUUGUUGAUAAAAAAAAAGAAAUUUUGUUGAAGCCAUCAUACGUUCGUCCAAUAAAAUCAGCUCCUUUAAAAAAACGUCUUAAAAGUAUAAAAAAACGACAACACAGUUUAGGAUCAGCUUGCAAAGAUGAACAAUGCAAUGGUUUACGUGGUAGAUGUGGAUUAUCAAUGAAAGAUUGCGAUGGGAAAUCAAAUGACGUUAUUACCAUGGUUUCUUUGGUCAGUUCGACGGAAAGCGACAGUGAUUUAGAAAAUUCACCUAAUGAAGCUAAAUUGAUCAAUCAGUUACGUGAAAAAUUAUCUACAACGCCUAUCAUAAAAACUUCGACGACACCUAUACCAGGAAAUAUAAGGAAACCUGUAAAAUCAGUUUCCUUUCUAAGAGACUCAUUGGACGAGGAUUACCCUUUGGAAAAAAUGCAAUUUGAUUGUGUCAAAACAAAAACUACCAUCACGCAAAAUCAUUUCAUAAAAGAUUCAAAAGAAUCAGGAGAAUACGGAACGUGCAAAGAAUCGAUGCUUUGGAAAUCGAACGAAAUCAAAACGGCUUUUCCCAUGCUUUCAUUUGUCCAAGAUGAAAGCGAAUCUUUAUGCGUUCCUUUGAUGGACCAUGAUAUGAGAAGUCUAGCUGUGCCAAUCGGAAAUGUGGAUGAUAUGAAAAAGAAGUCGCAUAGAAUACGUAAUACUUCAACAGUAUCUGUCCUUGAUAAAAAAGCAACGAUGAUAGAGAUGAAAAAAGAUAAUGAAAUAAUAACAACUGAUGAUCAAUUAAUUGCACGUCGAUCAACAAUUUCUAAUAAAUUUUUACUUCCAAAUGUCAAUCCGAACUCGGAGAUUUCUUUGAAAGAAAAAAAUUCAGAUGCAAUAAUACCAAUAGAAACUGAACCACGUUUUCAAACAAGUAAAGAAAAAGAUUGUUGGCACCUUUAUAAACGAAUGUGUGACAAAGGAGUCAAUGUUUCAUUCGACACUGUUUUAAGAGGAAUGCUCACACCCACAGAAUAUCGAUUACGACAGAAAGAAUGUUCGUAGAAUUUUUAAAAAACAUUUUGAAAUGUCCCCCCGUCCCUCUUCUCUUCCCAUCGCUUUGUUUAGCACUUGUUACAUCCAUCUGUGAAUAUUUAUUUAUUGCCUUAUUGUUAGUAUCGCGAUAAUUGUUACUGAAU